AUGUCCCAGGCCGAUAUCCUGCACGAGAAUACUAUCCUACAUGCGCGGAAUAUUGUGUUUCCAUCGUCUACGAAAGUCAGUGAUGGCGCAAAGGAAUUCAUUCGCAAAUGUUGCACGUAUCGUAAAGAGCUGCGCCCAGAUGUCUUUCAGCUGUGCAACGAUGAUUACCUGAAACCAAAAGCCCAACUAAAGCACAACCUGGAUACCUCAUCUCUUCCUGGUCCGGUUGGCAUUCCACCUAACUCAUGUAUGAUACCUACCUUCACUCCGGCAAGCGGUAUUUCGACCCUACCUCAGUCCUCACAUAUCUCUUCCGGUCAUCAGGCAUCUGCCUUCGCGACGACUCAACCCUCACACACUCCAUGCCCUUCUCUACAACCACUCAGUCUGAAUCCACCCAACUGA